AUACUUGGAGUAGUUGACUAUUUGGAGCCAGAAAGUAAACUACAGCAUACUUAACUAGUCCACAUUUCUCUGAGCGCGUGUGAUUGCCUCUCCUGCUGGAAUGGACCCAUUACUGAGCUUGUCAUGUAGACUGCUGAUUCUACUGCCUCUUAUUGGAGUAUGUUUGACGAAAUUUGCAAGAGCAGAUGGAGUGAGGUCUGAACUCCACAUAUUCCAUCACUCAUGCGCCCUGAAGAAAGCUGAAGGGCCGUGCAGGGCAAUGAAGGACAGGUUCUACUUCGACAUUGACACAGGUCGCUGUGAGCUCUUUGAAUAUGGAGGCUGUCAAGGCAAUGCAAACAAUUUCGAGACCCUGCAGGAGUGCGAGGAUAUGUGUCAUGUGAAAGAGGACAAGAGUCCAUGUCAUCUGGAGGAUGAGCCGGGGCCAUGCAGAGGACUGGUGCCUCGCUAUUUUUUCGAUUUCAAGAGCCAAGAAUGCAAACGAUUCUUUUAUGGUGGCUGCUUUGGGAAUGCCAACAACUUCAAGACCAUAAAAGAAUGCCAUGAGAAAUGUCAACCUGGCUCAAACCACAUGGAACAAAAUUCUCCAUUAAAACCAGAGGAAGAAGAAGCAAAACCCAGGACAGAACCUCUCACUAAACAUGAGUAUUCUCCUUUGGAUGUAUCCCAUGUGUCACUGCAGAAAGUAUCCCAACCAGCUGCUCAGGAAGCAGAGUUCAGUCCCCCAGAAAUCUGCAUGAGUCCAGUUGAUCGGGGCGAUUGUGACGGCUCUGAGAGGAGAUACGUGUACAACCCCAGGACUGGGAGAUGCCAGGCUUUUCGCUACAGUGGCUGUGGAGGCAACAAAAACAACUUUGUCCACAAGAGACACUGCAUGAAGAUGUGCACGAAAGAUCACGGUCGGAGAAAGCAAAUACGGAUAAAGACGAGGAACUCAAAUAUCUUAUUCCGAUCUGUCUAGGACAUAUAUUUUCAUGAUACCAAAUGCGAAACCACUCUUUAAUCCACAUUGUGCAGCUUUGGUAUUGUGGUCGAGAAAAUAAGAGACAGCAGCAUGUGAUUGUAUCUUGCUGACCCACACAUUAUUAUCAUGUAUAUAAUUAUUACAGUUAAUGGAUUUUAAUCUUGGCUUCAUAUAUGAAGUUAUUCUAUGUAUUUUAAGUGUAAAACAUAAUUUUCCACUCUAUAUUGUUUUAUGGGGAAGAAAGGACAAAUUUACUUAUUAACAUACAUUAUAAAUUACUCAUAUCAUUUUUUCACAAUGCGCUUAUGGAUCUAUUUUAACACUGUAUUUAUGGCAGUUAUAAAUAUUUGCUGAGGAUUCUAAAUCCUUUCUUCUUUUUUUGUAAAAUUGUUCUCAAUGUUCAAACAUACUGUACUAAUUCUUUGUUUUUUUAUAAUGUGUAUACACAGUAAACACUCCAAAAUGUUUACUUUUGCUGCCCUUGCACUGUGUCCUUGAACUUAUGCCAUUGUUUGUAUGUAAUGACUUGAGGGAAAUAACUGUCUUUUAUCCAGGACACAGGGAUAAAUCCAUUGAGAGUUGAGUCUAGCAUUAAAAAAAACUUAAAAUUGUAUAAUAAAAUAUACUAAAUGUGACUAACAGAUCAUCAGUAAGACCAUCUCACCUCUCUAUAGCUGCAUAACUACCAAUAGAGUGCUAGUGAUUCUUUUGUGAAAAGGAUUGUAGAACUUGAUGAUAGACUUGUACAAAAAAAAUGCUUAAGAUACUACACAAGAUGGAGCUGUUACUCUUGAGAAGACAUUUUGGAAUCCACUACCAGUUGUUAAUAUUCCUUUACCUGAACUUUUUUUUAAACAGUUAUAUUUGAAUGAUCUUUCAUUAUGUUUCUUAGUUGACUGGUGGAGGUUAUUAAAAUUUAAAACAUUUGAUUCAAUGUA